GGGCGGAAAGUGCUGAGUCACGGCGUGACGCGCCGCCGCCGUCACGCGUGGCGCCGGCCUCGGCUGCUGCCGCCGCCGCGGCGCAGAGCAGAGCGCGCCCCGCAGGCUCCGCGCUCCUCCUCAUUCUCCUCCUCUUCUUCCUUCUCCUUCCCCGCCGUUACUCUCUGCUCCGCCGCCCGGCAUGGGGUUGCUGUCGCAGGGCUCGCCGCUGAGCUGGGAGGAGACGCGGCGGCACGCCGAGCACGUGCGGAGGCACGGCAUCAUCCAGUUCCUCCACAUCUACCGCGCCCUGCGCGACCGCCACAAGGACGUCCUCAAGUGGGGCGAUGAGGUGGAAUAUAUGUUAGUAAAAUUUGACCACGAGAAUAAGAAAGUGCGCUUGGUGCUCUGUGGUGAAGAAGUUCUUCAAACGCUACAAGACAAGGGGGAGAAGGUAAACCCCAACCACCCAACACUCUGGCGACCAGAAUAUGGAAGCUACAUGAUUGAAGGGACGCCUGGGCAGCCAUAUGGGGGAACCAUGUCUGAAUUCAACACUGUGCAAGACAACAUGAGGAAAAGACGGCAAGAGGCCGCUUCUGUGCUCAAAGAAAACGAGGCUGUUUGCACUGUGACGUCAUUUCCAAGGUUAGGGUGUCCUGGGUUUACGCUGCCGGAAUAUAAGCCAACGCCAGUAGAAGGAGGAGCUUCGAAAUCCCUCUUUUUUCCAGAUGAAGCCAUCAAUAAACAUCCUAGAUUUAGUACACUGACCAGAAACAUUCGUCACCGAAGAGGAGAAAAGGUUGUGAUAAAUGUACCAAUAUUUAAAGACAAGAACACGCCAUCACCAUUUAUCGAAACGUUUCCUAAUGACGAUGGAGAAGCGGCAAAAGCAGCAAAGCCGGACUAUAUAUACAUGGAUGCUAUGGGUUUUGGAAUGGGAAACUGUUGUCUUCAGGUAACAUUCCAGGCGUGCAGCAUUUCUGAAGCAAGGUAUCUCUAUGAUCAGCUGGCCACGAUCUGUCCCAUUGUGAUGGCGUUGAGUGCUGCAUCUCCGUUCUACAGAGGCUACGUGUCUGACAUUGACUGUCGCUGGGGAGUGAUCUCUGCAUCUGUAGAUGAUCGAACGCGAGAAGAGAGGGGGCUAGAGCCACUGAAGAACAACCAUUAUAGAAUCAGUAAAUCCAGAUAUGAUUCCAUAGACAGUUAUCUAUCUGAAUGUGGUGAGAAAUACAAUGACAUUGAUUUGACAAUAGACAAAGAUAUCUACGAGCACCUAAUAAAGGAAGGUAUUGACCACCUUUUGGCACAGCAUAUUGCACACUUGUUCAUUCGAGACCCAUUGACUUUGUUUGAGGAGAAAAUACAUCUAGAUGAUGCAAAUGAAUCCGACCAUUUUGAGAAUAUUCAAUCUACAAAUUGGCAGACAAUGAGGUUUAAGCCACCUCCUCCAAAUUCAGACAUUGGAUGGAGAGUGGAAUUCAGACCUAUGGAGGUCCAGUUAACAGACUUUGAAAAUUCUGCGUAUGUUGUGUUCGUCGUAUUGCUAACCAGAGUGAUUCUGUCAUAUAAACUGGAUUUUCUCAUUCCGUUGUCUAAGGUGGAUGAAAACAUGAAGGUGGCCCAGAAAAGAGAUGCUGUGCGGCAGGGAAUGUUUUACUUCAGAAAAGAUAUUUGCAAAGGUGGAAACGCUGUUGUGGAUGGCUGUGGCUCUGCACAGAACGGGACAGGCACAGACGCAGAAGAGUACACCUUAAUGAGCAUUGAUACAAUUAUCAAUGGGAAGGAAGGAGUCUUUCCUGGUUUGAUCCCAAUUUUGAAUUCCUAUCUUGAAAACAUGGAAGUGGAUGUGGACACAAGGUGCACCAUCCUAAACUACCUGAAGUUAAUAAAAAAGAGAGCAUCUGGAGAGUUAAUGACAGUUGCUCGAUGGAUGAGGGAAUUUAUCGCGCAGCAUCCAGACUACAAGCAAGACAGCGUGAUAACUGAUGAAAUGAAUUACAGCCUUAUUUGGAAAUGCAACCAAAUCGCACAAGGCCAGGCAGAGUGUCCUGAACUAUUAGGGGUGGGAUUUAAUAAGAAACAAAGUGGAAACAAAACUGGCUCUUUGUAAUGAAUGAAGGUUUCUUAAAUAAUAGAAAGUUUAAGCCUUUUAGCGAAGCACUAGCAAAGAUACUGUGAAUCUGGUACAGUUUCAUGGUGUGAAGACCAAAACAGGGAUACUGCACUAUAAAAUGGGCCAAUCUGCCUAAAUAUUUGUUUAAGGCAUCCUAAAAUGGGCAUAUUCUUAUUGUUAAGAUUUAUACAAUGUACAUGUAAAUAGUAAAAUAUUUUUAUGAUUAACAUCAAUGUAUUUUAAUAACAUUGUAUCUAAAGUUAUUGUGAAUUAGCUUGUAACUUUUUUAUGCUUAUUCUAGAAAGAAAAAUUGUCCCGAACAGCUUUGUAAAUGUAAUGGUACUUGUAUAUUAUAUGCAUUCCAGUUACUGAAUGUUUACUGUAAUUUUUUUAACCUGGAAUGUGCUAAGUAAUCUACCUUAUUGUGUAAGAAAAAAAAAUAAUCUUCUGGACCUACCUGAAUCGCAGAUACUUCUUCCUUCCAUUUGGGUUUUGAAAGCAUGUAAGAGCAGAUAUAUGCAUGUGCAUCCCAUUUGUUAAUCUUCACAGCAGUCGCUCAGUUGCCACAAGACCCACUCGUAAACUGUAAAACUCAGAGGAACACAUCUGUCUUUAUUCAGAUAGCGCAAGUCUGCCUGUCUGCACAUGCAUCGUUCUUUUUUUGUUUUUUUUUUUCUUCCCCCCCUCUGAAGCAAAUUUGUACGUUAGCGCAGUUCAGAAAUUUGCCCGAUUUAACAAAAAAGCAGUAACAGGGGAGACAUAGUGAAAGAGAGGAGGAAAUGAGAGUCGAACGUAAAGCUCUCUACAAAGGAACCAGAGACCCGCUCUGGACUUCACUCCUUAACUGCUUUUUCUCCCAUAUUGCUGACAAUGACAGCAGCACAAAAUCAAGCACCUGCCCCUUCUUCCUAAAGGUUGAGUUGCUCAUUUGUCGUUCAUUAUUACAGAUAUUUUUGUCAGCAUGUUUAUUUCUGGUAAGGUACUUUAUGUAGAUAGCUGAGGUGCCUACAUAGCUGUAGGUACAGGCAACUUAAUCCCCUCUAGAAAAUAGUUAUAAAGAAAUUAUGGAAUGCACUAAUCCUUUGAUUUGGAAGCCAGUGCUGGGAGUGACUGUAAAGUAUUUAAAAUUUAGCCAUUGCAACUUGUAAAUAAAGCAAACUUAAGGGGCCUUCUUGAUUUAGCUUCUUAACUGACUUCUGGAAGUGAAUUGCGUUAUGGGCAGAUUAUGCAACGCUUAAUGCAAGCAUAUAUAAAUACCUAAGGUGUAAUGAUUUUUUUAAAAAGAACUAAUGGAGAAACUGCAAUGAAGAGGUGCACUAAGAAGAAGCUUUUAUGUACUGAUAUUAGACUUUGUUCUGUGUUCCCGAGGUGUGCUUUAGACAAUAAAAAGAAUGCUUUUUUUUUUUUCUGCGGUGGUGAAUCUGUUUUAACCCAGAUGUAGGCAUAUGCGAAUUUAGUUUCUGUAAUAAGGAAAUAAAAAUAAAAUUUGCAGUAUGUGUUGGUC